CGUGAGGAUCUCGACAAGUGCGGCCGUACGGCUGCCGUUCCUACUUUGGAUAUCUUAAAAGUUGAAUUACUGUAGCCAAGAUGAGCCGCUGGCGGGUACGAGUACCUGUAACAACACAGCGGAAAGAUCCACUUGAAAUAUGUGGAUCGAAACACAACAAUACAACGUUGGAUUAUCAUGAAUGCCUGUGCAGGUUUGAUUAUAGGGGCCAAAGGCAUAACAAACAACCUCUGAAGUUCAAGCAUUGUCUUCUUGCUGAUGAAAUGAGAAGAAUUGACAACUUCCAGAUGUAUGUGAUCAUAGCUGCAGUUGUGGGUGUUGUUUUGAUAUUUGGUAUUGCAGCCUUUUGCUCUUGCAAGUGGUAUCUGCAAACUAAUAAGAAUCCUUGCGGUUGCUGUGUACCUAACUGUAAAAAGAAAACGAAGAAAAAGAAAGAUCAAGAUGAAGUUAACGUAGCCAAUGAAGUUCCUCGAACUUUAGAGAUUGAUGGUGGAGGACAAGCUUGGACUCCUAUGCGCUUGGCUGUUGAUAAAAAUACCUGUGACAGAAACCAUGAACCCAAUCAUGAUCACCCACGUGACAGUGCUCGUCGUUCUGGGUUAUGUAUGAAUUUUUGUAUGAGUGAUCCUGUUCAAGAUUGCUGUGAGUUUUUUGACUGUGACCUCAUGUGGCGCAAAAAAAGUAUCUACACUAUACCUAUUUUUGGCAAACGCAAGCCAGCUCCAUUGCAACGUAGACCUACUAGACCUGCACCACCCCCUCCUAAACCAGCUGUUACUCCUGUUGUUAAGUAUCCUGAACCAGUUCAUGAAGGCUAUGAAGAAGGAAUGGAUUGUGAGCCUGUGCCGGAGGCUCCACCAUCACCAGAACCUAUUCGAACUGAUCAACCAAGAGCCAUGUAUGUUGACCCUAUUGCAUUUUUGCAAAAACCAUUUUUGAAAACUUCCAAGGAUAAAGCCACUGAUGAUGAUCAAGAUGAUAUUUAUAGCAAGGUGAAGGAGUUUGUCUUUGGAAAGUCAAAGAAAAGUGGUAGUGCGGCAUCACUAAAUAAACUGGGCAUUUCCAAAUCCCCAGAUGUCAUUAAUACUGCUUCAUCUAAGAAGACUAAGUAUGGGAGGACUGGCAGUCUUGCAUCAUUGCAUAACUUGAGUGAUGAACAGCUAGACACUAGCUAUCACAGCAAGAGGUCCAUAAGUCUUGCCUCUCUUCACAUGGUUGAAGAGGAGCCAGUACAAACAGCUCCAAAAGGCAAACUAUUAUUAGCACAAAGAGGUUCUCUUCAUAACAUUUGUGAAGAUGAUGACAGGCAGCCUUCUUUGAAAACUGAUGAGUACAUAGAUUUAGAGGAGAUGUCAAAGAGGAUGGAGGCCAAGAUGGCAGCUCAAGGUUCUACUGCAAAACCAAAUCAUGUGGAGAUAAUGGCAAGGACAAACAGUACAUUUAAUAGACAGCCAUGUGCUCCCAGUCCUCCAGUUCAUACCAAGCCAAAUUGGACUCCAAAUUUCAUACCAGCCUCAGCAUACACAAAACCUCCUCCAAAGCUUGAGGCUUGUCCCUCUGAUCCAGCAGCAAAUCAACCUUAUCCUCAGGUGCCAGUGCCAGUCUUGCCCCUGGAUGCCAUUGCUCAUCGAGGAGUCCCUCCCCAAUACUUGUCCCCAGAUGCUAAAUACGAACCAUCACCCAUGCGGUAUGGUGAAGUUCCUUCUGGCCAGUAUUAUCCACCAGUACCAGCUACCCCUGAGAAGCCUGCCGUGCCUGCCAGAAUAUCUGUAGGUACUCCAGUUGUAAGUGUGGGUACUCUGGGAAGACCUAAACCUGUUGUACCUCCAAGACCCCCCAACAGUGGUGGGAACUCUCCUAGACCCAGGGGGACAAACUCUCCAAGACCAAGUGGUGGAAAUUCGCCCCGUAGUGCUGGAGGAAACUCUCCAAAGCCUCGAGCACCACAGCCACCAAACACCUUGGGAAGGCAUCCACACGUGAUGAAACCAACUGCGCCGCCACCUCCACCUCCAGUGACAACCCCUAUUGAGUCCUCUUUAUGAAAAAGGGAAAUUGACAGUGACGUGCAAAAAAUGUGAUAGUCAACUGUAAGUUUAAUUGCUGACUGCUCAAGGGACUUCUUUAGCCAAAAUAAUUUAUCUGUUCACUUAACAGAUUAUCCAGUAUUUGUACAGUUUUUAUCAUCUUUGUGUAUUUAGUGUUAUGCUUCUCUUAGCCAGUUGUUAGCCAAUACUUGACAAUAGCAGUCCAGUUUAUUCCGUUCCUAUUACAAACCAUUGUACUGCAGGCUUCUUACUAUUAAUUGUUAGAUGCAUAUUAUUUCUUGCUUUUGGCCAAUAUUUGUUUUUAAUGUACUUUUGUUUGUUUGUUAUGUAGCAUUACAUAAACCAAAGUUUGUAGUAGAGACUUUCUUGUACUUUACAUUUCUUGUACUUUAUAACGGAACAUCUAUUGGUUAUUCAGGAUAUUUGUGUGAGGGAUUUAUAUGAUGCUGAAGUUUCAAGGAAAUUUACCAAAUUUGCAG